AUGUCGUGUCGCUCCCAAAGCGACGCUUACAAGUCAGCAUUGACGGAUCGUUUCACCGAUACCAACGAGUCAAAGCUUCUUGACAUCCGCAAUCUUGAAGUGUUCAAACACCAACCACUUCAAGACCCCAGUACAGAACUCCGGUAUCUGUACCUACUUCCAAGAACGCACAACAUCGAUAUCGACGGACAAACAGUGGUUCGCUGCGAGCUUCUCUCCGAUGCUAACGAGCAAAGACCCUCUUAUGCCGGCUUGUCGUACACUUGGGGUGAUGCUCAGAUUCGUCGUCCCAUAAUAGUUGGCGACAAGGUCUUUCAUGCUACUGAGAACCUUGCUGUGGCUUUGGAGCAUCUGCAAGAAGAGGACAAGACCAUCACAUUCUGGAUAGACGCUAUCUGUAUCGACCAGAGCAACUCGAACGAGAAGAGCGUACAAGUCCAGAGAAUGGGUGAUGUCUUUGCAUCUGCCGUUAUGGUUAUUGCAUGGAUUGGUCCUGUAGCAGACGACAGUGAUUUAGCGCUAGAAGAGUUAGAGAAAUAUUGUGAAGACUAUGACCUUCCAUCAUUCAAACUGUGGACGGAUCUUCACAGCGAGCGAUUUGCGACUUUACCCUUUGCAUCAAUCAAAGCUCUUCUUGCUCGCCCGUGGUUCAAGCGUGUGUGGGUCGGGCAAGAGGUAGCUCUGAACGAACAAGUUAUAUUCGUCUGCGGUCAGCGCGAUAUCAACCGAAGAAAGCUACUCGAUUCCUUCGGGAAAUAUUGGAUAUCAUCGAUGUUCUGGAGAGGCCACGGGUACCAUUCAAACAUCCUUCGAUUUGAGCAUUCGAAACCCCUUCCUUUCCGCGAAUUUCUCGGCAAUGAUGAGGCCAGCUUCUCCUUCGGGGUUGGUAGUGAACUGGAGUCUUCGGAUCCAAGAGACUUUGUUUAUAGUUCAUUUGGGCGGAUCAGCGACAUUGAAGCGUGUGGACUUCACGUUGAUUACACGAAGUCAGUUGAGGAGGUAUAUACGGAACUUGCUGAAGCUUCUAUACGCGCUGGAAGUUUCGACUAUUUCGAUGUUUUACGUCCCUCUUCAACUUACAGAAACCUCCCGUCAUGGGUUCCGGAUUGGUCCGAGACACACAUAUAUGGCAUCCUUGAAACCCGUUUGGUACUCGAAUAUGAUAUCGCCGAGAUCUGUGAGGUUGAAAGGGGUGGUAAAGCUCUAAAAAUCUCUGCUCAACGUAAUGCUCGGAUCAGUUGUGUCGAGAAAGGCUUGCAGCUUCAGCAAGGCGCUCUUGGUUCCAAUCUGUCAAAGUCAGCUUCCAUCAGCCCAAAAGAGGAAGAAGAGGUUAUGUCUUUCUUAAAUAUGGUUCAAGGAGCUCUUGGCCGCAAAAAUCGAUGGCGCCCUGAAGAGGUUGACAAAGCACUUUUCGACUUGUCGGUUAGUUUGUCAUAUGCUCGAUACACGUUUAGAGAUAACAAAGAGAUGUUCAAAGACUUGUACAUGUCAUACCAGGCCUUUCGAGGUCUCGUAACUCCUCCUGAUGAUAUUCAGGACCCCCAGUCAUGGCGAAGAGACGCGAGCUAUGCCUAUCUCAACAUGCUUCGAGAUUCGAACAUCAAGAAUCUGUUCAUGACACCCGAAGAUAUCGUUGGUAUAAGUCAGGAUGGUGUGCAACCUGGUGACUGGGUGUGCGUACUCGGAGGUGUGGAAGGGGUAUGGGUCGUCCGUGAGACAGGAGAUGGUCAUUAUCGCAUCGUAAGCUGCGCCAAUGUGUUUCCUUGGGAAGAUGUCAAGAACAAUGACGCGCCAGUCGAGGUGCUUACUAUAGUUUGA